AUGCGACGCCUCGAUCCUGGGGCGUCCAUGUACGCGCUGCAGACAAGACGGUCGCACAGACUGUGCCCUUCGAGAAAAGCUGCCGCGACCCUCGCCAUCGCCACGAUCGACGAUCACUCGUUCCUGUGCUCCCAGGGCUUGAAGGAAAUCCCGCCAGAAGACGUGACGUUCUUGUGGUCCAAAGGCUCGCUCAGUUUCCCUGACCGAGAAUCGACAGCAGAGUUCCUGGAUCUCUAUUUCAAGAAAGUCCACCCCCUUCUACCCGUCGUGGAUGAGGUUCAUAUCUGGCAUGUAUUCGAGGGGAACGUGCCCGAUAAGCUCUCUCUGUUCGUUUUCCAGUCAAUUCUGUUUGCUGCCUGUCAGUUUGUCUCGCUGGAUACUAUCCAGAAAUGCGGGUAUUAUGAUAAGCGCGAUGCACGGAAACAGUUGUUCGAUAAGUCGAGGCUUUUGUUCGAUUUCAACGUCGAAACGAAACCAUCCGCCAAAGCACAGGGGGCUGUUCUUCUUACACAUUACUUAUCAGGGGCAACCCCGCAGGCUCAAAGUUUUUGGCUUACCCGUGCAAUCGAGAAUGCAAUGAUCAUGGAGGGCCAGUCCUCGGCAGUGGCAGAGAAUGUCAUCGAAUCAAUGAAAAGACGAAUUUGGUGGUCCAUCUUGCUCCGUGAUAGGAGUAUUUGCAUUGGUCUUCGUCGUCGCCCUCAAGUCACAUCGAUCAACCUCCACGCGUGCCGCGACUGCCUAACCGAGGAAGACUUUGAACAUGAAAUGCAUGAUUCGCGAGCCUACGAUCGCCAGACCAAGCAGGCCAUUCUCUCUUCCCUUCUGGAGCUUUGUCACCUGGCUGUCCUCCUCACCGAUCUCGCAUCUUUGAUCUUUGCACCCCGUGUAUCCCCUGCUGUGUCCUACACGGCCGAAGAAUUUUCCGCUCUCAUGGGGACGGUCGAAAAGAUCAAGCAGUCCUUGCUCGUGUGGUAUGAAAGCGCCGAAAGCGCCAAACCCCCGCCGAGACCUACGAAACAACAAGUGUAUGACCCGACCGCAGUCCUGCGGAGCUUGACAUUGAUGUAUUACCGUUGCGCCCAGAUCGACCUGGCACAUUACUGUGCCCUUGCUAUCGAAGAAUAUCCUUCACUUUCCCCUGAGAUGUACCAGACGGCCAUUAUAGGCACGGGCAGGGAUCUCAAAGCUGGCGUGGAUGGAUUAACUGAGAUCAUCGAAUACUUCAGUUUAAAUGGCCACGGAGAGAGCCUACCUCUCAGUGUCCUCGCGUAUACUGGGAUGCCUUUGAUUCUAGCAGCCAUCGACUUGAAGCUUUCUUCAACAAGGGAGGACAUUGCUCAAAGAGAGAAGCGAUUGAAUUGUCUGAGCGGGAUCAUUCGCCACUCUGAGACUCUCUUUGAUGUGACAGACUUCGUCGCCGCUGGGACGAAUUACCUAUUGCAGCUGGCGUACUGGAUCACGCAAAACCUCUUUCUCUCGGGGUCAAGGUCCCCGCUUGGUACUGGAAAUCGAGUAUCGACCGGUGACGGAGACCUUGCUCUGUCUCUACCCCAUAUCCAUCAAUCUAAGGUCGUGAUUUCGAGUCGCGCGAAGAGCUGGCUGGAUGCCUUCAUAAAGUACCCGCGGGCCUACUUGUUCAUUUCCACCUCGGUUGACCAUUAUCUCUCGGUCGGUCGAAUGCCAUAUGGCAAUGACCUCCCUGCUCUUGUCCGCGAUAUCCCGGCCGAAGCACCUUGGGUGACCACUGCGUAUCCGGCCAAGGGACCGUUCGCCGCCCAUUUCUCGAACUCACCAACCUCUCAUAUGGGGCUGUAUCGGUCGGGCUCGGUAGUUUCAGGCAAGGCCAUCCAGACUGUGAUGACCGAGGAAGCUGCUGAUCAAAUAUCCAAAAAAGCUGUUUUCUUUGGGUUGCAUCUCGGAUCACAAGCUAUCCAUCAAAUAACAUGGGAACCAAGCCCUCGGCCUCACAGAUCACUCCAACAGUCCGAUCAAAGCCAUGUCAACCUUGACUUCCUAGAUUUGGGAGGUGAUACCGUCCCCGAUGGCCUGGGUCAGACCCCAACCCCGGCUCCCAACUGUAGUUCCUUGGAUACCUUCCCAAUGGAGCCCAUCCCAAGCAGCGUGCACUCCGUUCGCCCGGACGAUGCCAUGGCUUUAUAA